AUGUCCAAGGAGACCGAAGUGGUGAUUGCCUUUGGGAAUGCCUCCUGGAAGCAAGGGAAGGGAUAUGCAUCCAGUCCCAGGAGACUCAGGUUUGCCAAGUACUUUGAGCAGUUCCACCACCACCAGAGACGACCACCAGACUCAUCCGUCUCCAAGAUCCAUGUGUGCUCGGUGAACGAGUUCAACACAUCCCAGGUGUGCUCACACUGUCGGGAAGCCAAGCGACUCGAGAAGGUCGAGCAUCUUGCUAUCGAGAACCCACACUUUGUCCGGAGCUGUGCAAGCUGCCAUACGCUGUGGGAUCGAGACGUCAAUGCAGCCAGGAACAUGAUCUCGACCCCUGUCUCCCAACAACCAACAUUCCCUUCUCCGCCCGAUCCCUUGGGUCCCUGGCUCCAUCCUGUCGAGUGCCUCGUCAACAUUGCCCGCGACGAGCCCGAUGCCCUCCUGAUCAACACAUAUGAGAGCGGCGCCUCGGAGCGACUCAGCUAUCUCCGUGUGUGGAAGCAGGCGUAUUCGGUCGCCCAGGCUCUCAAGGCUCUCCCUGGCUGGAACGACGACGGCCACGAGGUCAUCGGCACCUUCUGCGAGGCCGAAGCCAGCUGGGUGAUCUACUCGUUUGCUGUGUGGAUGCUGGGCAAGAAAACACUCAACCUCGCUCUCAAUUUCCCUGCCGCUGUUCGCAAGGCUCUGUGCGAGAGACACUCCAUCAAGUACAUCCUCUACCACCACACCAAGCCUGGCCGCACCAUUGGAGUGACGCUGAUUGAUGCCACCACGUUCCCUGUGCUGGACAGCAUCCCACCCCCGUCUCUCGAAGUCUGUGAACCCCUUGAUGAUUAUGUCACCAUCCAGUGCACCUCUGGAACAACGGGCAUCCCCAAGUCGUUCAAGUUUGCACACACUGGAGUGAUGACUGGCCGAGCCGCGAUUGGGAUAUUGAGAAUCAGCGUCGGGCUCUUGCAAGCCCCAUCGUUUGCGGCCACAUUGAGUCUUUUCCUAAAUGCCCUUAAUCUUGGAGGAUCUGUGUGGACUCCAGAGCCCAAAUUUAACGCUGUCGAGAAAGUAUAUGAUAUUGUUCAAAUCCUGGAUCAUGGCCUCGUAUACGUGUUUAUGACUCCCUCCUUCAUGAAGUUGAUCAUCAGCACCGCCGCCUCCCGGAAUCCGAGCUUCAAAUGGACGAAGACGAAAGUUAUCGCUCUGAGUUCUGAGCACAUACCAAUGAGUGUCAUCCACAUGACACGGGAGAGAUUCCCAAAUGCCGAGAUUCAGUUGGGCUACGGAUCAAGUGAGACCGCGGUUGUUGGAGCCCUUUCAUUUUUACGGAUCCCAUCCGACAGUCCCAUCCCAGAGAAGCUGGUCUACAAGCUGACCAAGCCUGGGGUGCGCUGCCUCUUGUUUGACGAGAAAGGCGAAAUCAUCGAUCCACGGUACUCCAACAGCGGAAUCCUGGUCUUUGCCGUCGAUCUCGACCAUCCUGCCAAGGACCAUCCGAGCUUUGUCAACGCCGAUCCCAACGACAAGCUGGCCUCCUUUGGCUUCCUCGUGGAUGGCUCGCCCCGAGUCUGCACCAUGGACUGGGUCGAGAUGGUCAGCGACAAGGAGUUCAGUGUUGUUGGAAGAUUCGACCAGAAGAUCAAGAUCAACGGUGUCUAUGUCGACCUCAACGGCCUCAGGGAGCUUGUCCACAAGCACCUGUCCCAGGUCAUUGCCGACUGCUACUUCAUCCACACCUCCGAGAGAAAGAUAAUCUUGCUCUACGUCCUUCAGAAAGGAUCCAAUCCCGACUUGAUCUCGGCCGAUAUCAUCCGAGUCGUCGAGGACAUGUUUUUGCUGUUGAACGUCUCCAAGGUCCCCGUCCACAACUGCCUCAAGCUCGACGCAUUCCCCUUCAACGACUCGGGCAAGGUCGAUCUCAAGAAGCUCAAGCGCAUCGCCGAGAACGUCGAGCAGUACGGCCAGGCGGUCCAGUACCCGGCUCUCAUCGUCACCAGAACGUUCUUGACCAAGAUUGCCUUCAAGAUCUCCGAGUUCAGCAGCCAGAUCCUGGACAACCCUGGUCUCUACGGCCGCAACUUUUACAUUGGCGGCGUCGGCUUUGACUCGCUGAGCAUCGGCCGCCUGGCCCUCGCCAUCAGGGAGGAGUACGGUGUCGAGAUCUCGCCAAUGAUCCUGCUGUCGAACAGCAUGAGUCCCAAGGAUGUCGCCCAGCUGGUCGUCGACAUUCUCGACGACAAGCUGGUGAUUCCGCCGACAAUCGAUCUGGCUGCCGAGGCUGCCAAGCUCGACGAUGCGAGUGUGACGGCCGAGGGUUUCCCUCCGUUUGUCUAUCCCAAGGAAGUCCGAGGCAUCGUCCUGACGGGUGCAACCAGCUUCCUCGGAGCAUUCCUGAUCUUUGAGCUGGCACACAAGCUGGUGAUUGCAUCGCGGAACAAGAACGAUCCGUGGUAUGACGUGCGAGACCGGUGGGUUGGUCUGCGCGGCGACGUUUCCAAGGAGCGAUGGGCACUCUCGGACGAGCGAUGGAAGGAGAUUUGCGAAGAGACCGACAUGAUUGUGCACAACGCCGCCGAGGUGCACUGGCUCUACAACUACAACGAGCUCAAGGCAACAAACGUCCUCAGCACGGUGACGGUGCUGCAGCUGGCCACGACGCACCAUCUCAAGGUGGUGCACUACAUCUCGACCAUCGGGACGAUUGCCAUGGCCAAGGGCUCCGACAAGCCGCUCGAGGAGAAAAUGUACUCCAACUGGAACCUGUCGGGCGGCUACUCGCAGACCAAGUGGGUCUCUGAGCAGCUGAUCAACAAGGCACGAUCGAGGGGAGUGCCUGCAACCAUCAUUCGGCCAGCGAUGAUUGCUGGCGACAGCGGAUACGGAGUGUGCAACACAGACGACUAUAUCUGGCGAUACGUCGAGGGAUGCAUCAAGCUCGGCAUUUGCCCGGCAAACGCCAGUCCCGUCACUUGGACCAUGGAUCCCGUCGACCAUGUUGCCAAGGUGAUUGCCGAGAUUGUCAGCUCGGAGGAGGCGCUGUCCAAGUUUGUGUUCCACAUCAGCGACUCGGAGCACAGUGUCAUCACCGAGAAGCGUGUCUUCGAGAUCGCCAAUUCCGUUGGCUGGAUCAUCAUGUUGGAUACCCGUGAAAAGUUCAGGACGGUCAUCUGGCGCAACCCAUCGCCCGAUAACCACGCCCUGCUUGCGUUCAUGCGGAUGCUGAUGGACCUGUUCUUCAGGGUCGACAACACCAACACUCGCUCGAUCUACCCGACGCCGUGUCCCUCGCCCGAGCUGGUCGUCAGGAAGAGUCUCUUCCACUUGGAUCGGGUGUCCUAUCUCGACCAGCCCACGGCGGCGGAGACCGAGCUCAAGGACGAGGAGUAUCCCGAUGUUCGCAUCUUCACCCGCACCGGCCGCCACUGA